UCUGAGGGAGGGCAGAAGGAGAAAAAAAUCUGAAGCAGCAGUAAAAAAAAAAACCUUUCAUUUUGGUAGCGUUGUCCAUGGCGCUUCUUCGAAGACCUCCUUAUCGUCACCUGUAUCUUCAUCUCAUGGCUUCUCGUCAUGGUCUUCUCUCUCACUCUCGUUCUCCUUCUCUUCCCCGUCAAAUCUCCUCUCUCUCCUCUGCUUCACUUCUCUGCGCAAGACCCAGGAUAAAUUUUCGGUUAACCAAGGUUUUGAGCUUGGGACUGGAACUAAGAAAUGCAGUCUCACCAAGGUCCUUUAUGUCAUCAACCAUCACCACUGAGGCUUUCCAGGAAACCAACACCUCUCAGGGUUACAGUUCCGAGCAAAUUCAAGUGCUGGAAGGCUUAGACCCUGUUAGGAAAAGGCCUGGAAUGUAUAUUGGGAGCACUGGACCUCGUGGUUUGCACCAUCUGGUUUAUGAGAUACUUGACAAUGCUAUUGAUGAGGCACAAGCUGGUUAUGCUUCCAAGAUAGACGUUGUUCUGCAUCCGGAUAAUUCUGUGAGCAUCACUGACAAUGGGCGUGGGAUUCCCACGGAUUUGCAUCCUGUGACGAGAAAAUCUGCUUUGGAGACUGUCCUCACGAUCCUACAUGCAGGUGGCAAGUUUGGUGGUUCAAGUAGUGGCUACAGUGUCUCUGGUGGAUUACACGGUGUGGGUUUAUCAGUUGUGAAUGCUUUGUCUGAGGCACUAGAUGUUAUUGUUUGGAGGGAUGGGAUGGAAUUUAAGCAACAUUAUUCUCGUGGAAAGCCCACAACAAUACUUACAUGUAAUGUCCUCCCACCAGAUUCAAAGAAUGCUCAAGGGACACACAUCAGGUUUUGGCCGGACAAAGAAGUGUUCACAACUGCAAUUCAGUUCGACCAUAACACUAUUGCUGGACGUAUUAGGGAACUUGCUUUUCUGAACCCAAAGGUUACGAUCACUCUGAAAAAGGAGGAUGAUGAUCAUGAAAAGGACCUGUAUGCUGAAUAUUUUUAUGCUGGAGGAUUAAUUGAAUAUGUUAGUUGGCUAAAUACUGAUAAGAAACCGCUUCAUGAUGUGCUAGGUUUCAGAAAAGAGAUACAUGGUACAACCAUUGACGUUGCACUCCAAUGGUGCUCAGAUGCAUAUUCAGACACAAUGCUGGGAUAUGCCAAUAGUAUUCGCACAAUUGACGGUGGGACACAUAUAGACGGUGUAAAGGCUUCAUUAACAAGAACCCUUAAUAGCCUUGCAAAAAAGUCAAAGGUUGUCAAGGAGAAAGAUAUUAACCUGAGCGGGGAACAUGUCAGAGAGGGACUGACCUGCAUUGUCUCGGUCAAAGUUCCUAAUCCUGAGUUUGAAGGUCAAACAAAGACAAGAUUAGGAAAUCCAGAGGUGAGAAAAAUUGUUGACCAAUCCGUUCAAGAGUACCUGACAGAGUAUCUGGAGUUGCAUCCUGAUGUACUUGAGAGCAUCAUUUCCAAAUCCCUGAAUGCUUACAAGGCUGCUUUGGCUGCCAAGAGGGCAAGGGAGUUGGUCAGAUCAAAAACCGUCCUGAAAUCAUCUUCCCUUCCAGGGAAAUUGGCUGAUUGCUCAUCGCCAAAUCCUGAAGAAUCUGAAAUUUUUAUAGUUGAAGGAGAUUCAGCUGGUGGCAGUGCUAAACAGGGUCGUGACAGGCGGUUCCAGGCAAUUCUUCCUUUAAGAGGUAAAAUCUUGAACAUUGAAAGAAAGGAUGAAGCAGCCAUGUACAAGAACGAAGAAAUCCAAAAUCUAAUUCUGGGCCUUGGCCUUGGAGUUAAGGGGGAGGAUUUUAAGAAGGAAAAUUUACGGUACCAUAAAAUUAUCAUCUUAACAGAUGCAGAUGUUGAUGGUGCACAUAUCCGGACGCUUCUAUUGACCUUUUUCUACAGAUAUCAGAGAUCUUUGUUCGAAGAGGGUUGCAUUUACGUCGGUGUUCCACCCCUUUACAAAGUUGAGAGGGGAAAACAUGCACACUAUUGCUAUGAUGAUGCAGAUCUUAGAAAGCUGCUUGCAUCCUUCCCUGCUAAUGCAUCAUACAACAUUCAAAGGUUCAAAGGUUUAGGAGAGAUGAUGCCUGAACAGCUGUGGGAGACAACCAUGGAUCCAGACAAAAGGCUACUGAAGCAGCUAGUGGUCGAGGAUGCAGCUGAAGCUAAUGUUGUCUUCUCCUCUCUAAUGGGUUCACGGGAAUAAUUCUGUUCAUGAGAUGUCUGGAUAACAAGAUGGUUCAAACAAAUGAAGCCACAAUGCCUUGAAUGGAUGGAUCAACCCGCAACGGAUCAAAAUGGAUGAGCACUCAGCAAAAUCUCUGUCUAUCUUAUUCGGGGAGAGAGGAUCUUUUAACGCUCCUUCUGCCCGUGGGUUUUGUCUGUUUCAGGUCGAUGCCAGGAAGGAACUCAUUCAGAGCUCUGCAACUAGGAUCAAUCUGGAGCAUCUCGAUAUCUAGCAGAAAGCCACAACCAAGGCCCCGGGCAUGAGGGUUCGUUCAUCUGUAUAAUUAGAUCCAAAAGGAAGAGACUUUGGGGGGUAGGGGACAUUGUGCUAUUGGCGAAAGCUUAGAUUAUGAGUCUUGCGGCCUUUCUGGGAAACAGAACCACCAUUCGUCCUUCACUUGGAAAAAUUCCUGCCGUUUUGAUGUAUUCUGUGGCCAUUCAGUUUUUUUUUUUUUUUUGGUAAAGCUCUUGUUUUCAUGAAAAUCAAAAGAGAAUUUUGCAUUCAACACAGGCAUUUCUAGUU